AUGACUCUUAAAUGCCAAUUUUGUGCGGCCGCACUACCCGCUCACUUCUUGGCCGAAUAUGGCGACCGCCACUCCGGCCACUACCCGGAUGGUGGCACGUCUAGGGUCCCUACGCUGCCACGCCCUCGCAAUCCCCAGGGCGCCGGAGAUGCUCGACCGACGGCCCUCCAGAUCAUACAAGAUGAGGGCGUGCAAGGCAAGCUGGCAGGUAAGGUGAUUGUCAUCGCCGGCGCCACAUCGGGCAUCGGUGUUGAGACCGCCCGAGCCUUGAAGGCCACGGGAGCCACGCUGCUACUCACGGACGCGCAACCUGGCCAGGGCCCAGAAGAACCUUGCCGGCAUUCUCGAGCCCGGCCGCGUCUCCCUCGUCGAGAUGGACUGGACUCCUUCAGGAGCAUCCGUGCCGGGCCACUCAACAUCCUCAUCAACAGCGUGGGCCUGCUAAAACCGGCUCUGCUAGCCAGCGUAACAGUCGAUUUGGACUUCCAUUCUCGCGUGGUCGUGGUGUCCUCGUCGGCGCACCGCGCGUGCACACUGCCGGCCAGCGACAACUACAGCUUCGAACAGGGCGGUUACAACCCCAAGACGGCCUACAACAACGCCCAAGCUGGCGGCGGUGUCUUGAAGUCUCCGGAGCAGGGCGCCGCGACGACCGUGUGGGCUGCCCUGGAAGACGUCGCGGAAGCGGAGCGGGCCGAGAACGACGGUCAGGUCUUUGGAGAAAAGGACCGCCUGUGGAGAGACUCGUUGAAGAUGGUCGGUUUGGAGGGCGAGGCUUGA